AUUGAAUAUUUGAGUGCUUUCAUGUGGGGCUUCCAAAAAAUGUGUGUUGCAUCCAGUUAGGGCUAGUAGUAGACUGAUAGUUUGUGCAAUUUAGAAAAAGAAAAAAAAAAUACGCGGAUGCCGAGUUGUUUUGCAUGUUUUGUUUCCGACAAAGUGAAACAAGAAUGGUUUCAAGGGGAUAGUUAAAACUGAAGCAGGUGCUAAGCAUCUAUGGUAAAGCUGGACGAUCCGCCUUUACUCGUUUCCAAAACUGUACUGUGUGGAUAAUUUCCAUAGAUAUACAGUGUGUAACAGCACUUCCGUGUAAACGAGAGACCAAGCAUUCUCAGAUAGCGUCAAAGAAGUCAAUAGUCAUAUCAUAACACGUUUUUCUAGAGUUAGUUUUCUUGCUGUUGGAUGCGAUCUCUAUUAUCAGAAGUUUGUUGGUCGUUUGUAAGCAGCAAACUCCACAGAGGAGAAAGACUUACAGGAGCACAUGAAUAAACAGCUCUGUAUUGUGAAGUACUAAUUUGUAGCCUUCCACCAUGUCAGCCAACAGUGUACAUCCUGCCCCUAUACAUGGCCAGCCAUCAGCCAUGCCAGGACAAGGUCCUAUGCCCAAUCAGAUUCAAAUGAUGCCAGUUCCACCAAGACCCGCUGGCUGCCCUCCAGGACUUGAGUACCUGACGCAGAUUGAUCAGCUUCUUGUUCAUCAGAAAGUUGAGCUAGCUGAAGCAAUACUGGGCUGGGAGACAAAUAAUAAGUACAUUGUGAAGAACAGUAUGGGUCAGCAGGUGUUUUAUGUGGCGGAGGAGAACGACUGCUGUAACAGGCAGUGCUGUGGACCGCUGCGCUCAUUUGUCCUCCAUAUUCAGGAUAACACUGGGCAGGAAGUCAUGACACUUACACGCCCUUUGAGGUGCGGGAGCUGCUGUUGCCCCUGUUGCCUGCAAGAGCUUGAAAUCCAGUCUCCGCCAGGCAACCCGAUUGGAUAUGUGAUCCAGAACUGGCAUCCUUUCAUUCCUAAGUUUACCAUACAGAAUGAGAAGCGAGAAGCAGUUCUGAAGAUAGUGGGACCGUGUUGCUCCUGCAAAUGUUGCUCUGAUGUGAACUUUGAGGUGCUGUCCAUGGAUGAGUCAGCGCAGGUGGGCCGAAUCUCCAAACAGUGGACGGGUCUGCUGAAAGAAGCUUUCACUGAUGCAGACAAUUUUGGAAUCAACUUUCCUUUGGAUUUGGACGUGAAGAUCAAAGCUGCUCUUUUUGGAGCAUGUUUUCUCAUAGACUUCAUGUUCUUUGAACAUAGUGAAUAACUCAUACAUUACUGCAUUUAAUCCAAGUGCAUCAUGCACAUGUAAGCCAACUGCAUAUUUGAGGGAAAAUUCCUCUUUCCCUGCUGAAAACUGGGAGGAACACCGGUUUCAGGGCAGCUGGAUGUAUUUAGUUUGAUCAAUAAUGGAGAACUCAUCUGUUGAUGGAGGUGCUGAGAGACCUAGACAGCCUCUAAUGAAAGAGCUUGACUGAUGUUGAGGUCUGAUGUGUCUGUGACAGCAGCCAAAGGC